AUGGUUGCAUCACUAGGUCGUGGAAUAUUGGUGAUGGACGAGUCAAAUGCUACCUGCGGAAAGCGUCUGGCACCUAUUGGGAUAGAUAAUACUGAGGCUAAUCACCAAUAUUAUAGAACACUGCUUAUGACAGCUUCAGGGUAUGGGCCCCCUACUGGUGCAAAUAAUGAGUCAUGGUGCCAAGGUCUUGAUGGUAGUGCCUCACGUGCUGCUACUUACAGCCAACAAGGAGAUAGCUUUGCCAAAUGGCGUACCGUAGUGAGCAUUCCCAAUGGACCAUCUACAUUGGCAGUGAAGAAAGCAGCCUCAGGUUUGGCUCGCUAUACUGCCAUUUCUCAGGAUAGUGGUUUGGUCCUAAUUAUGGAUCCAGAGGUAUUGCUUGAUGGUGACCAUGGCAUGUACAGGACCUUUGAGGUUGCGCAAAAGUGA